AUGGAAUAUGAUUCCUACAAUGAGGACAAUGAGGAACGUGAUAGUUCGGUUUCUGAAGAACAGUCUGACGAGUAUAGUUCAGAUACAAUGGAAGAUGUAGAAGUCUGUUCGUGGUCCUCGUGCAUGAAAAGCCUCAGUCUGGUGACAUGGAUACAUGUAGCAUUGACCGUGACGAUUUAUUCACUGUGCAUGUAG